AGUUAUGUGACUCAUAGAUGACUGAAAUUUGGCUGAACAAUCGAUAGACAAGACGCUGAGGACAGAAAGUUAGGCUAUGCUGCUAUCAACACUAAUCAUACCGUGGUGUCUGUCCCUACUGCACAGAUCCGAUGGCUCAAGACAAGAACCAUCACAAGAUAUAAUAGAGCUGUCAGAUGAACAUGCUGGAGGGGAUAAUGUUUGUUUCCUGACGAAGCUGGGUCCUCUGGAGACUGUGUUCAGGGACAGAACAAUAUCGUACAAUGAAAGGGUUCCCGUCAAAUGUCCAGUUCCUGGGCGAGAUGAUUGCUUUGAUAAUGUGAAACGGUAUAAGACGAUAAAAAAGAAGAUAAGGAGACCUAAAGAGAUCACAAUUUAUCACUGCUGUGACGGAUGGAACCCAGUAGAUGGGACACUCGGUUGCCCUACAGCGAAUUGUCCGUGCUCAAGAUUGACGGCUACCUGCUUGUCUCCCACGGAAUGUUUGUGCAAGCAAGGCUGGAUGGGAACACUCUGUGACGAAGACGUGAACGAGUGUUUACAAGGGAUGUGUUCGCACGAUUGCCACAACACUCAAGGCUCCUACUAUUGCAGCUGCCCUACAGGCAUGGACCUGUCUGACGAUGGUCACACUUGUAUAAAUUGUUUGACGUGUGAGAAGUUCAACAAUUUAUCUUUCCAAGUAGAGGAGUUACAAGGACGUGUUGAGCCCUUCAUACAGGCUCUAGAGAGUCGUGGGAUCGAGUACAGUGCUGUUAAGAUUAAGGGAGACUCGGGCCAAGCUCCGGACGUGUGGUCAACCACAGACUUCCCAAGUUCCACUCCUUCACCUACUGGCGAGCCAAACCUUUUGAGAGGCCCUAAAGGGGACAGGGGUCCCAGAGGAUUCCAAGGACCUCCUGGUAGGGAAGGAAUGCCUGGAUUAGAAGGACCCACUGGACCUAUUGGACCAUUGGGAUUAACAGGUAACGAUGGAAAUCCAGGACCACCUGGAUCCCCCGGUGUUAAGGGCGCUAACGGAGAGAAAGGCGAGCCCGGCUACUCUGGCAUGCUCAUCCAACACCUUAACUGCAACUGGUACCCAACAAAAGGAUGGAUAAAGCAGAGAGACGAACUAGAAACAGUGGAAAUUAUGUGUCCUUCUCAUGCCAUGUCAACUGUCGGCUGGAAGAUGCGACAUAACCCCAUAGACAACAGCACGGAGCACAAGGUGAAAUGUUGUGAAUUACUCCUGGUGCCCAGCGAGAUUCAAGAGGCCGUGUCGGACGGUGAAACGUGACGUCAUCAUUUCAUCACUGCAACGCUCAGCACUCUACUCCACUCCACUUGACUGCACAACCUUCGUGUUCCGGAAAUCCAGCGACUGGACUUCAUUAAGUUUAGGCGAAUCGUGCUGGCCACGAACAUCUUUUUAUCUAGGGAACUUUUAAACUUGCUAAUCAACUGAAAAAUGAUUGUGGUGACUUGGUUUGAUUAACAAAGUCACAAACAAACAGAUAAAUCUUUAAAAUGAUACUUCAAUUUUAAUUCGAAUCUUUAACAUUAAGUAUCGAUCGGGACAACGAAAUUGUAAAGAGAAAGUUAAAAUUGUAGCUGUAGGGACUAAAUUCUUAAUGUUAGGAAUUUAAUUAAUAAUUAGUCAAAGUUACAUGAUCCUGUCGUGUGAUUUUGUGGCAUGAAAUAACUUUAAACUAACUUAUUUGUUGCAUGUUUUUCAAAUGCUAUAUAAUGACAUAUUUUCAAUAUUCAUCUUCUAUCUUCUAUGUUCUAAAGUUUUUCGAUAACGUCGAGUUAUUAUAAUUUUUUAUAUUUGGUGCAACUUCAUAUUUUUUCAUUGAUAUACUUCUACGUUUUUGAAUGCGCUGUUCAAUAAACGAUAAACUCUUUGUUUAACGACUUUAGCUAAUUCGUAAAAGCAUAAUUCGUUAAGUUCCAUAGCAAAUCUAUUGAUUAUAAUAUUAUCUAUUAGAUCCUAAAAUGAUUGACGUAUAGCUCUAGCUAGUUUAAUGCUCACAAAUCCAUACCUAAAUUAUUUAUUACUAUUCUCUUUUCGCUCAGCUUACGACGGACUUUGGCAUCGUUAAACUCUUCUUUUAUUUCAAAAUGUUAAGUUUAUUUCCAACUUGUUGCAUCGUUUUUGAUUGAGUGAAAACAAAAGAAUUGUGUGCGUAGUGCGAUCAGUACAUUUAGCCUAGAUAGUAAGCGAGACGUGCUAUUUAUUUCAUGUUCUACAUAGGUCAAUUGUAUUUUGAUUUCAAUCCCCUUAUAAUUUCAAACCAAAAUCA